GACUCGCAUGCCGCCUCUUCGACAGGCUUGACAGACUCGACAGGCUUGACGGGUUCGGCAGGCUUGACAGGUUCGGCAGGCUUGACAGGCUUGACAGGCUUGACAGGCUCAGGCUUGACAGGCUCGACAGGCUUGACAGACGCCGGUUUCUUCCCCUUCGACACACCAAAGCUGAACGGCCGAGGCUGA